AUGAAAGUUGGUGCCUGGUGUUUGGACACCGAUGUCAACAUGAAUUUGCAUCUUCGGUAUGCUCUGAACAAGAACACUAUCUGGAACAGCCUCGUCGUCAUAUGCGUUAGCAUGACCGAGUUGUGGAAAGCUGAGAAUAGCAUCUCAGAUACUAUCCAACUUCUUCGAAGUCAUUUGGAUUACCUCAACUUAGAUGACGAGGAAGUGGUGGACUUACAAGAAAGUCUCCAGCGCCAGUUCCAACUGUACAUUGAACCCAAUCGCCAGACUGAUGGCGCCAAUGACGAAGCGGAAAAGCCGAGCAGUAAACUGGAACAUUUGCAUCGAAUGGGCUCGGUAACGCACUCCAGUGGAAUGCCCGUGAACAGCCUUCACCCGGCUGACGCUUCGGGUGCGGCCAGUGAUUCUGUACUCGUGCCUAUCCCCGAAGGUACUUUCAAAGAAAAACUUAGUGUGCCAGUGAUGAUUCUAGUCACAAAA